AUGGAAGAGCACCAUGAUGGCCUAGUAAUAUCACUCCCAGUUGGAUAUUAUCUUAUCAAGAGGAUCCUAGUUGACAAUGGAAGUUCUGCCAACAUCAUCGUGCUCGAUAUAGUGAAACAUAUGAACAUUGAAGAGAAAGACAUCAUCAACAAGUCAACAAUGCUGGUCGGAUUCAGUGGAGAAACUAAGAAAACCAUUGGGGAGAUUAAACUGCCCACCUAUGUAAAAGGGAUCAAUUUGCAGGUGAAAUUCUUAGUGAUCGAUACUCUAUCGUCCUACAACAUUAUUAUAGGAAGACCUUGGAUACAUGAAAUGAAAGCCAUUCCGUCUACAUAUCAUCAAAUCAUCAAAUUUUCCACCAAAUGGGGAAUCCAAGAAAUCAAGGGGGACCCAAAAGAAGCCAAAGAAUGCUACAAGAUAGCCUUGAAAGCAACAUUUGCAGAGAAGGAGUCAGCAUAG